AUGCGCAGGGUAGUAGUGACGGGCCUCGGAGCCAUUACGCCCUUGGGAGUAGGCGUAAAACGAACCUGGUCCCGUCUUCUCAAUGGCGAAUGCGGAAUCGUCAGUGUCGCAGACCUCGAGCCUCAAGCGCGAUGGAAAGAGUUGACGAGUACAGUCUCUGGGUUAGUGCCCAGUGGCGAGGGAGAAGGGCGAUGGAGAGCCUCAGAUUGGCUCAGUCCAAAUGAGCAAAGAAGGAUGUCAAAGUUUACACAAUAUGCUAUCGCUGCUAGCGAUAUGGCUCUCAAAGAUGCGGGAUGGGAACCAAAAAGUGAACAAGAACAGGAGAAUACUGGCGUUUGUCUAGGGAGUGGUAUUGGAAAUCUGGAUGAGAUUUAUGACACCAGUUUAGUGCACCAUAAAGAUGGCUAUAAGAAGGUAUCACCGCUAUUUGUACCCAAGAUCUUGAUCAACAUGGCUGCUGGCCACAUAGCCAUGAAAUACGGCUUUCACGGGCCUAAUCAUGCAGCGACGACGGCUUGCACGACUGGCGCACACUCAAUCGGAGAUGCAUCACGCUUCAUUACUAUGGGAGACGCCGACGUCAUGAUCGCGGGAGGCUCGGAAUCGUGCAUUCAUCCCCUGACCUUCGCAGGCUUCGGCAGGGCGAGAUCCCUAUCAACAGCAUACAACAACAACCCUACAGCAAGCUGUCGUCCAUUUGAUGCCGAUCGUAACGGAUUUGUCGUCUCUGAGGGUGCUGCAGUGCUGAUCCUCGAAGAGUUGGAGCACGCCAAAGCGCGAGGAGCUCGCAUCUAUGCUGAGAUCAAAGGUUAUGGCUGUAGCGGCGACGCUCACCACAUGACAGCGCCGCGAGAAGAUGGCCACGGCGCGUUUCUUGCAAUGAAGAAAGCUUUGAAGAAAGCUGGAAUUAAGCCUUCACAGGUUGACUAUAUCAACGCGCACGCGACAGCGACUAGUGUUGGAGAUGUGGCAGAGACGUCAGCUAUUAGAAGACUCAUGCUGGGUGACGAGGGACAUCAAAAAGAGUCGGAUAUAACAGUCAGCAGCACAAAAGGUGCAGUUGGACAUUUGCUGGGUGCUGCCGGAGCCAUUGAAGCUAUGUUUUCUGUCCUCGCCAUUCACCAGGGAGUUGUGCCUGCGACGUUGAAUCUACAGAGGCCAGACGUUGGUGCUGCGUUUAACUUUGUACCGAACGAGGCACAAGAAAAAGAGGCCCGCUCCGUCCUCCGGGCCGCAAUGCGAGCCGGCGCAUCACGAGUCGCUGCGCCCACGACAAGAAACUUUUUGCCGCCCGCUGCAGCUAUGCUUUCUCGACGAAAUUUCAGCAAUUCGAGCUCGAGGAGCCUUCUUCAGGGUAUUGGAAAGUCUAUGGCUGAGCCCUAUCGUGUGUUGGGCGCUACGGAGCAGUUGUUCAAGGCUUCGUCCAAGGCGGCUGAUUACCAUAUUACUGAGAAGGAGCGCAAGGAGGAUAAAGUGACCCUUGCCGAGGACGGAGAAGAGAUUGGACAUUCUCUAAACCCUGAGAGUCCGUGGCAUCAUGUCUUCAAGCUUCCUCCCACCUUCAGCACCUGGUCCCACGUUACAAUGCUUCACCUCUACCUAAUCAACACCCGAAUACGCUGCUUCGACCGCGAGGGCUUCCACAACUGGCAGCACCAGCUCACAGACCACUUUUUCUUCGAGUGCGAGAAGAAGAUGCACAUCGACCACCACAUUACAUCGAGCGCCCUGCGACAGCGAUACCUCAAGGACAUCUUUGUCCAGUGGCGCGGUCUUCUCCUGGCCUACGACGAGGGUCUUAUCAAGGGCGAUGCCAUGCUGGCCAGCGCCAUCUGGCGAAACUUGUUCAAGGGUUCACCUGAUGCGGACCCUAGAGCUCUGCUUGCCAUUGUGGGAUGGAUGCGAUCGACACUGCUCCAAUUCGAGGCUGUCUCAGAUAACAACCUUCCUGCGCAAUUACCAGUGAUCAUGGCGAAGCCGGUGGAUGUCUUCUGGACAAGAUUGGAGAAACAGCUUGGUGGGCAACAGGAGGAUAGUGUUCCUGUGGCAGAGCCUGUAAAGGAGGCAGAUGCUCUACCAACAGAGGCGGCCAAGGUGUCAACGAACUAA